AAAAAUUAUAGAAAAUGUAUCAAUGAUUGUAUUGAAGGUUUGAAAUUUGAUCCAAAAAAUGUUAAAGCAUAUUAUAGAAUGGCUAAGGCAUUUUUCACUAUUGAUAAAAUAGAUGAAGCAUUAUCUGCAUUGGAAUUCAGUCUUGGUUUAGAUCCAACAAACGCAGCAUCAAAGGCAUUAAUGACCAAAAUCCAAAACAAAAAACAUGAAUUAGAAACAAUAGAAGCCAAAAAGGAAGCUGAAAGAUUACAUAAAGAAAUCUUACAAGACAAAUUAAAUACAGCAAUAAAGGGAAGAAACUAUACAAUAAUAAAAACACCUCGCCCUGCUGAAAUGUUAACAGAUGCAAAACUAUCACUGGAAGACCCAGAAGAUAUAGAAUCUCAAUUAAUUUUCCCUGCAAUGAUAAUGUAUCCAACAACUGAUGAGUUUGAUUUUGUUGCAAGUGUUAGUGAACUAACAACACCUUGGGAAUUGAUGGAAUUAGUGUUGCAAAGACCUCAAGAAUGGUUCCAAGAUCCAAAACAUGAAAAUUUCACUCCAAAGAAAUUAGAUGCUUAUAUGGAGACCGAAUCCGGUGGGUUAAUUAAAGUUGGUAAGAAGGCUUCAUUGCAUAAGGCCUUGAGUACUGAAAAACCAAAAAUCCCACUAUUCGAUAACGCGUUAAGAAUUUAUCUAGUGCCUAGAAUAGAUGCUGAAAAUUGGUUAUCUACAUGGGAUAAAGAAAUUACAUUAAAGAAAAGAACAGAAUUGAGUGUAUAGGUAUCACAUAAACUUCAUUUCAUUUCUUAUAUGUCUAUUGUAGUUUGUAAUUUUCAAUCUCUUGAAUUGUUAAACCAUCUUUGCCUGACCAUUGUGCACUUGAUCCUCUACCUCUAAAUCUUGAUAAUCUUGAAUUUUUGAAGAUAUCUUCCAUAUGCAAAGGCGCCAUUGGUCCAAAAACUUGAUCAGGAUCAAUAUGCUGUUGAUUUAUCAAAAUAUUUCUUAAUUCUGGUGAGUUGGCCCAAUCUUUCAAAACACUGCCUUCUUCAUCAUCGUCAGACUCUGAAAAAAUCUCUGGCAAAACUGUGGUGGCCUUUGGUGUGACUGGUGUAAUAGAUGAAGAACUUUUGCCCAAUGACCCAUUUUGGAAAGCGUUGCCUUUGGAGUUAUCAUUGUUCAUUCUGGCAUGUUGUAGUACAGCAGUCUUCAUCAAGGUUUGGGUAUUCGGUACCUGCUU